AUGGGCGCCAGCGGCUCCAAGGCUUGGGGUCAGUGGCCCUUUACUUUGGCAGCCGAGGGCAGCAGCCCGGAGGAGGCGGGCACGGUGCAGGCUUUGGUGACAGCACCCCCCGUAGUGCCCCCGUAUAUCUUCACGUGCUGCGGCUCCAUAUUUUAUGACGAGGAUGGAGAUUUGGCUCACGAGUUCUAUGAAGAGACAAUCAUCACCAAGAAUGAGCAGAAGGCCAAGCUGAGGCGAGUGCAUAAGAACUUGAUUCCUCAAAACCCAGGCUCGUGUGUGGCCUCCACCGAGGAUCCUACUGGGGCCACAACCCUAUCUAAACUCCAUUGGCCUGGAACCCUCAGCUAUGAAUGGAAUGGGCCUGCAGUGUUGGUUGGGUGUUGGCAUACAGCGUUUCAGCCGUUUGCUACCUCGAUUCCUUCUGUGUUGGAUGCUGGAGGCAGUGCAAGCCUGGUUGUGCCUGCCUGCCUGUUCCCACCUCCAGAUGGGCAGACAGUGGACUGGCUGUAA